UUGACUCCCCCUUUUUUCACGGCUUCUCCAAACAUUCUCGGGAGCAGUACGAGAAGCUGUCCACCAUGCACAAGAACAUGCAGAAGCUGUACGAGAGCAUCGGCAGCUACUUCGCAUUCGACCCCCACUCAGUCAGCGUGGAGGAUUUCUUCGGAGAGCUGGCCAACUUCCGCUUCCUCUUCAUGGAAGCCGUGAAGGAGAACCACAAGAAGAGGGAGAUGGAGGAGAAGAUCAAGAGAGCCAAGCUGGCGAAGGAGAAAGCUGAGCGAGAGAAGCAGGAGCGUCAGCAGAAGAAGAAGCAGCUGAUUGACAUGAACAAAGAAGGGGAUGAAACUGGCGUGAUGGACAGUCUGAUGGAAGCCCUGCAGUCUGGAGCAGCUUUCCGUGAUCGGCGAAAACGAACACCACGAAAUGGUGAUCAAAGCCCUUCCAGUCCAGCCUCUCGGUGGCCGGGUGCUAACUAUGGUAACAGAACUCUAGGUGUGUCUUUAUUUCACUGCCUUUCUUAACCCAGACCCAGCACGAUUGUUGGUCCUACACUGCACUGCUCCUGGCUGCGUAACUCACACGUCCUUCCUGUCAGAACAUGUAAUUUCAGCUGGUCUAUGAAAAAGCAGAGUCCUGUGCUGAGUUGCUAACUUUUUUUUUUUUACUCGGAAAUGACAUUUUGGAGAGUGCGAGAUGUGUUUUGCUUUUUUAAAGUUCAAUUUAUCAAAAUGCGACAUGAAUAACACGAAUUAACAUAUGAAAUUAGACUCACUUAAGAUAACUGUCCUCUUUUAUCAUUAAAAAGGCCCUAAAUUUAUAGAUAUUAAAUAUCCAUCUAGACAAAGGGGAAAACUUUGUGUAACCUGAUGUUUCGCCUCUAUUAUCUUAGCCUGGAAGCUCUUUUGCCUAAUAGAUUAAAAAACAGAGAAUCACAUUCAAGCUGGUGUUAUGUGUAUAUUAGGUGAAGAGAUUAGAUCAAAUAUCAAGCCCAGUAAAUUUUUAUAGCACAUAAAUAGCAUUAUGGCAGUCGGUGGAGGCAAACGCUUUGAUAUCACUCUGAUAAAACGAACUGUUUAACUAGUUGAAAGAUUUGCAAACAUUUUAUUUUGAAUGUAUUUUAAGAAAAGUCUUAAAAGUAAUUUUAAUAGUUUAAUAACGACAGAAAUUAGAUAAAUUUAACCUGUUAGAUCAAUUUAACGCUCCAUACUCUAUUAAGACGGCUUGAGCACAAUAUUUACAUUAAUUUUCAUGUUCAAAAUUCAAAAUUUCUUAAAACUUCAAGAGAGAAAAAUGCAGCUGCAGUGAAACUCUCCUUUAUACAACUCAGACGAAGCUACAGCUGAGGCUACUUAUUUUGGCAAACAUUUUGAAAGGUUGUCUGGAGCGCCUGGUUAUUGAUUUAACCCAAUCUAGAGGCAAACAUUUUCUUCUGUCAGAAAAUGGGAAAAAGG